UUAAUAACUCAAAAUCAAAUCAUAUAACUCUUAAAUCCAAAUCUUUUUAAAUAACCACCUAAACAAAGUCUCCAAUUUUUAUAAAAAUUUCGGCAGCAUCCGCUCUAAAACUCGAACUCUGUCACCCUUCUCGGGUCCCAUCCAAACAUUCUUCAAAACCCUUCUCACCCAUUUUCAAAUAGCAAAUAAUUUCCAAAAUUAAACUAAAUUUCGAUAAAUCUCUUCCAGUAAUUCAAGAAAAACUAAUUCAACAACAACAGCCAACUAUUUAGAAUACUCAACUUUUUCAAUCAAUCAAUCAAUAAAUUAAACAAUUUCAUUCAUCCAAAACAACUCAAUUCAAUCCAAAAGACUUACGAAAAUCAUAAAAAUGCAUUUUUUUGCAUUAAUAUCGACUUAUAACAAUUUUUUUAAAGUAAAUUGAGUUUUAAGAAAUUGCCCUUACCUCGAACGCGACUUAACUACGCGACAAACUCUCUUUUUCUCUUGGCCUACAAUCUCGGCAGCCACAACCACAACCCAUUCCACCCUCGCAACAACAACGGCAACUCCAAUCACGACAUGCAACAACUAGGACUCGACCCUUCAUUACCGAAACCUCAGAAUCUUUAAUGGAUUAUAACAUAACACUGAUUUCAAGGGGUUUCAAAAACAAAAACUUUUACAAAGACGACAGGGGCUCCUGCGGCAAUUUUCGGCAGCUAGAAUGGCGGCAAUGGUGAGAGAACACUACGGCAGUGACGGUGGCACGACUUCCACCCUCCUCCAUCGAGUUCUGGUCCUCUCCCGGCGACGGUGUGCAUGGCGACGGGAGGCUUCUUCUCCGACAACGACAAUGGCGGAGCCUUCGGCAGCGGUGACAGUAACUCCACAAUGGCUCCCUCUCAUGUGUCUUCUGUCUGUUCACGAACCUCCAUUGACGACAACGAUGAAGACCUUGAUGGCGACGGUCUCCCUCUCGCACAGGACACGACGGCGCUCUCUCUCGCGUUCGUCUCUCUUCUUGGCAACGGAACGGCUCCUCCCAUGCAGCAUUUCAGCGGCGGCGAGGUCUCCCUUGGCCCAUCGAUGCUGUAUAUUCUCUUCCUCCCUUCUGUCUUCCUCCUUUCCCAUUACCAUUUUCCCUUUCUUUUCUUCCCUGAAUAGUUCAUUUCUUUUAGGUUGUGGGUGGGGUGGCGGCUAAAGUUAGUGAGUAGGUUAGGGUUAAAUAAAAUUAGGGUUUGUGUUGUGUAAUGAAAACGGAGAUUUUGAGGCUAAGGUAUUAAUUGAAAACUUAAAUAUAAUACAAUUUACUUUUCU